AUGGUCACGCUGAAGUGCAAUGGUUUGGUGAUGACGUGUCCGAACCUCGAUGGUCACGCUGAAGUGCAAUGGUUUGGUACAGCACCAGAACCAUGUUUGGAAUUUACCUGUAUGGACACGUCAUGCAUAGACUAUUCUCAGAUGUGUGACGGUCAAUUGGAUUGUCCAUGGCAAGACGAUGAGGCGAUAUGUGGUGCUUGCCCUCCAGGACAUCUUACAUGUUUAUUAGAUGGUGAAUGUGUUCCUGCAUCAAAGGUGUGUGAUGGGAUAGCCAAUUGUAAGGCAGGGGAAGACGAAUAUAUGUGCAUAUCUGGAGACGGAUGUGACGAAUACCCAGGUCAUUUUGCAUGUGAUGGCGCAUGUUAUACCUUAUUUCUUAAAUGUGAUGGAAAAGUUGACUGUGGUACUGGUGAGGACGAGGAAGGAUGCACAGGGUGUAAUGGCAAUUUCCAGUGUACUGAUGGUAGUUGUAUCUCUUUUCUUAAAGAGUGUGAUGGCGUAAUUGAUUGUCCCAGCGGAGAAGAUGAGGGAAGUCAAUGUGAAUGUUUCAAUGGUGGAUUUAGAUGCAUCGGUGGAAAGUGCAUAGACGAUGCGCUAUUUUGUAAUGAAAACCCCGAUUGUCCUGGCCAAGAUGAUGAAAAAGAAGCAAUAUGUGCUCUCACAACGACAACGGUAGCUACAACAACAAAAACAACAACAACAACUCAACCAACAAGUACAACAACACAAUCAACAACUACAACAACAAAACCAACAACACAAUCAAUAACUACAACAACACAACCAACAACAACACAACCUACGACUACAACACUAACUACGACACCACAACCGAUAACAGAGACUUCAACAACAACACUAUCGACAACAGUAGCUGCAACAACACAAUCGACAACAGAACAGAGGACAACUACACAGAUGACAACAACACAGACGGCAAUGAUGUCAAAGGAAUGUGGAUUAGAUAUUAUCAGAGACUAUUUAAAUGGAUGCUCUGGUACAGAACCAUGUUUGGAAUUUACCUGUAUGGAUACGUCAUGCAUAGACUAUUCUCAGGUGUGUGACGGUCAUUUAAACUGUCCAUGGCAAGACGAUGAGUCGAUAUGUGGUACGGGUGCUUGCCCUUCAGGAUAUCUUACCUGUUUAUUAGAUGGUGCAUGUGUACAUGCAUCAAAGGUAUGCGAUGACAUAGCCGACUGUAAAGUAGGAGAAGACGAAUAUACGUGCACAUCUGGAGACGGAUGUGACGAAUACCCAGGUCACUUUGCAUGUGAUGGCGCAUGUUAUACCUUAUUUCUUAAAUGUGAUGGAAAAGUUGACUGUGGUACUGGUGAGGACGAGGAAGGAUGCACAGGGUGUAAUGCUAAUUUCCAGUGUAAUGAUGGUAGUUGUAUCUCUUUUCUUAAAGAGUGUGAUGACGUUAUUGAUUGUCCCAACGGAGAAGAUGAGGGAAGUCAAUGUCUAUGUUCUGGAUUUAGAUGCAUCGGUGGAACGUGCAUAGACAGUGCGUUGGUUUGCAAUGAAAACCCUGAUUGUCCUGCCCAAGAUGACGAAACAGAAGCAGCAUGUGCUCUCACAACACAACAUGUCACAACAACAGUAGCUACAACAACAACUCAACCUACCACAACAACUCAAUCGACGACAACAACACUACCCACGACAACAACACUACCCACAACAACAACACUACCCACAACAACAACACUACCAACAACAACAACACUACCGACAACAGAACAGAGGACAACUACACAGAUGACAACAACACAGACUACAACAAAGACAAAAGAAUGUGGAUUAGAUAUUAUCAGAGACUUCUUAAACGGAUGCUCGGGUGCAGCUAGUGUUGGAUUCAGCAUCAUGGUGUUUGGACUGUGUUUAGUUGGGUCGUUAUAUGUGAUUACUUGA